CUCUUACUGGCGGGGCUGAUGUCUGACUCUAUUAGUUAGACACACUCAGUUCCCUGCUGUCCUUCUCAUUCCCCCGUAAAACACGAAUGCAAGACAGAGUCGAGGAGCUGUCCACUUCAGCACCGCCAGCGGGACUGUCCACACAAACCCAGACUGAGCCUCUUGAGGAUGAUGAUGAUGAUGAUGAUGAUGAUGAUGAUGCUGAGUGCAUGCGGACUGCAGUAACACACCAGCAGCAGACCCGCAUUCCUCCAUCCAUACAGCCACCUGAACCUCCGGUGCAAUGGUCCAUGCCAUUUCCGUCUGUAGUAGCUGGUCUGGCAGGAGAGGGUAUCUGAAGAACGGCAUCUCCAUGAACUAAAAGUACACUCGCAGACAAGUCACAGGAAUUCACAAACCGACCAGAACGGAAAAAAGUAUCCCUGUCUCUCCCUGUUUGUCUCUUCUUCAGUCUUCAUCACAGUGUCUCUUUGUGUUGUACUGUUAUGACGCCAUGUCUCAAACUGGGAAAGUCCUUCAUUUGUAUGUGGAGGUGAGAUCCCCACCAGAGCAUGAUGGAAAAGGUAGUUCCUGUGAGACGGCAGUGGAGCAAGACGGUCCCGUUGAAGCUUUGACCAAAUUAGCACAGGCGGCAUCUGGGUUUCCCACACCACCCAGCAGCACAUUCAAGCCAAAUGUUAGCUUCAGACUGCAGCCUUCACACAAUUCUCUGGAUUCCCCUCAAAGACGUAGCAUUCCCCAGCAGGAACCAUUCCAAGAAGUGUCCUCUGGCCUCAAUAACAACAUUGACAGUAAACUAUUAAAACAUGCCCACUCGUCAAACUCUGGACGGACAUCUGGUCCUGAGACACCUUGUCGAGCAUGCAGCCAUCACAAGAACUCUAAACCAGUGCAGGGACAGAGGUCUGUGGUCACUUUCAGCUACAUUGAGAAGGCCCAUGUAAAAACCGUAGAGAGUCCGUGUAAUAGUCCGGGUGGAAUAAAGGAGGUUGCGGCUUGCCCACGUAAGAGGUGUAGUGACCCAGUGUGGUCACAACCUGCGGAAUCUACCUGCAAUAAUAGUCAAUUUCACCAGCAUAUGGGUUCUACUUUGGAUCCUAUCGGUCAAGCUGCAACACAGCGAGCCCUUAAGGAAUUUGGGUCUCCCCAAUUGAGGUGUAAGUUUUCUCAUUGCUCAGACUGGAGUCCGGAGUUUCAUCAACGCAAUAGAGAACAAUGCCAGUCUUGGGCAGGCCCACCAGUGCCAAACUGCAGUGCCUACCGCCAUGAUCCUGACCCAGGCACGGUAGGAGCUGCGUGUGGUGUCCCCAAAAGCCCAGCAUCAGAUGCUUUCUCAUCCCACAACAACCAGCAGAAAUCCACCUCCAGGUCCCAAGGAUGCCCCAUGCAGAAUCUCAGUUCAAAGCAAGACUGCUCCGCUCCAGUCAGUCAAAGUUGGGGAAGCCGGACUGAAGACAGGCCUCUGUCAGGGCAAAGGACCAGCCUCACAAACACACCCACUCGUGGUUUGAACCAGCUGAGUGGAAGCAAUAACUCCUCAGCUCUGAACAGCCCUGAGAUAGCCCGCAAGAUUGCAGAAGAGGCCACCAAGGUGUCAACAAUUUUCAACGAGGUCCGAAGUUCUCCUCCUCCCGUUGUUUUUGGGGGUUCGUCUAAUCUAAGCAGCACAAACUAUGGGUAUCCUUCUAGAGAAAUCCAGUCCUUACAGCAGAGUCCAGUGCAGCAUUCGGCUGUCAAGAUGAACAUACCUGUGCAUGAAGACCGUUCUACGACAAAUGGGGUUCCUCCGCACCUGCAUGAAGCACCAGCUACUAAGAGCUUGGAUUUAAGAGAUGACCUGGCCAAUCACUCAUUCUGCUCUGUCCCAGAUUCUCCAGCCCUCCCAUCUCGUCUUCUUCGUCCAAGUCUGUCCAAAGCAGACGUGUGUUCUCCAAUCCGAGAUCCUCGUCAGCUUAGAGCUGACCUGCCAGUCUCUGACAGCCCCACUUUACACCGUCACAAGCCUCCACAGUACACUGGAGAGGAGUGGACAUCUGGGGAACCCUGGUUCCUGGACGAGGAGGACUGGGAUGACCAUGUCGUCGCAGAAAGUGUGGAGAUCUCCAGGCGGUUGUUUAUCGGUCAGAGUGUGGACGAUUCUCCGGUCAGUUGGACAUCUAGGCAGCAGUGGAAAGAGCAGGCAAAGAAAGAUGAAGGGAAGUUCAAUUUGUCAGAAAAACUCGAAGGUAAUCUCAAGAGCAGCAGUCCAGUCUACAGAAAAAGCGUUAGGGUUGAGGUGUUAGAACGAGGAGAGGAGAAUGUGAGCAAUUCGGUAUGUGGAGCAAACCACAGCCCUGGGGAAAGUAUAGAGGAGAUGACCAGGCUAACACAGCAACAGAGACAGGCAGAAUGGAGGAGAAGACAGGCUUUGCUUCUAGGGCUGGUAGUAUUAGAAGAGGGGGAGAGAGGAGAGGACGAACAUGGGUUUGGAGAUCACCAGGGUUUGGUUGGGUCAUCCCCGAGCUCUAGUGGAGUAACAGGAAGCCUAGGAGACAGAGAUUGCAUCUCACCUGAGUCCAGCCAGAACAGCAACCACUCAGAUCACCCAUCAUCAGGAAUACAGUCUGAUGGCGGUUCUUUAGUGCCAGGUCCAUCUCUGCACUGUCAGAAAAUUGCUCGUGCCAAGUGGGAGUUUCUGUUUGGCACUCCAGCAGAAAACACUGCCAGCGAACGAGAGAAGAAUGUUCCAGAAUCCUCCACAGCUCCACCAAGUGGCCACUCCACCCCAAUACCACCCUCAUAUCUGCCAUUGGAGGAGCUUCGUCUCAGAGCUAAUCAUGAUGUCCAACACGUGGAGGUGGAGCUAGUGACUCCGCCCCCUGCCGCCCCAGGCACCUCCCCCAAAACGGGCAUAAUUCGGCGAACUUUGAAAUACUCCGAAACCGAUCUGGACGCCGUUCCUUUACGAUGUUACCGGGAGACGGACAUAGACGAGGUGCUGUUAGCAGAGCAAGAGGAUGCUGACUCAGCGUUUGGAAGUAACCGAAGUGUCAUGGGAACUUCCUGUGCUGGAAGCAGCCCUCUAGGAGAGAUGCCGAAUGAAAGAACAGAUGGACAGGAGGAUGGGGAGGAGGAGGAGGAGGAUGUUGCGAGCUGGGUCACUGUCAGGAUGCAGGGCGAUGUGAGGAGGCUGUUGGCUGAUCAGCGAGACGAGGAAGAGGAGUUUUACAGCAUGAUGCUAAAGAGGCCUCAAGAUCAUUUCAGUAACAACCACCCAGCUCUAAAAUCUCCCAUCCUGGUCCGUGGUCCUCGCAGAAGGUCCGGAGACAGUUUGGACACGUUCAGCCGGCAUUUUGAGAACAUCAUGGAGUCACACCGUGCCAAGGGCACCUCCUACAGCAGUCUGGACAGUCUCGACCCUCUGACCUCUAGCACUCAAACUGUCCUGACCUUUGACCUCCCCACACUGACUCCACAGGUGCAGGGUCAGAUUUACCAGAGCGCCCGGCAAAUCGUGGAGCUCAGCUUUGCACCAUUGGCACAUGUAGAGAUGCCCAGCCUGUCAGAGUCGGCGCUGACGAUAACAGGGGAUACGGAUGCCACACGGGCGCCAUCCAGCGAACGUCUCAGCAGCGGGUCCGACGACCGCAACGGACAAAGCUGGCAGAGCAACCCACCACUUUCACUGCCCAGGACAGGUAAAAGGCAAAGCCGAUUGCUGGCAGAGAACAGAAGUUACUGCCGCAUGGAUCACCAUGGAGACAGAGAAACCCAGGAGGCUUGGAAUAAUACUGAGAGCGCAGUCGCUGGACAAACGGCUCAGGUGAACAGCGAAAAGCUGAGCAUUAAUUCAAACAUGGCUCAGAGAGUCACAUCACAGAGGCGUUUUGGCAGAGAUGGUCUGAGGAAAAAAGCCUACUCAGUGUUUUGCUGGCAUUGCUCUGCACUGAAAGAGAGGAGCGUCCUGACCCGCUGCCACACACCGUACAGAGAGAAAUCUCCUCGCUUUGCUGCGGACCCAGAUUUGGAUCAGGAGCUGAGCGAGCGUUUAGGUUUGGGCAGUAAUGACACUCUCAGUAACGGUAACCGCGCUGAUCUGGACUCUGCCAAACGUCUGGCCAAGCGGCUCUUCAACCUCGACGGCUUCAGGAAGUGCGAUGUUGCACGUCAUUUGAGUAAAAACAAUGACUUCAGUCGCCUGGUGGCAGAGGAAUAUCUGCACUACUUCAAUUUUACUGAAAUGACUUUGGACCAAGCACUAAGGGCAUUUCUGCUAGAGUUUGCUCUGACAGGUGAGACGCAGGAGAGAGAGCGGAUCUUAGCACACUUUUCCCGUCGAUAUGUGCAGUGCAGUUCCUCUCUCACGCUAUCUGAAGACUGUGUCCACACGCUGACCUGUGCUCUUAUGCUGCUCAACACAGACCUGCACGGCCACAAUGUUGGCAAGCGAAUGUCCUGCACUCAGUUCAUCGGGAAUCUGGAAGGACUAAACAGCGGCCAUGAUUUUCCUAAAGAACUCCUUAAGGCCCUGUACAACUCUAUUAAAAAUGAAAAGCUGCAGUGGACAAUCGACAUGGUUUUGAGGAAGAAACUGUAUUUUUGUGCUAAUGCUGGCUGGAAAGCUGCUGCACCUCGUGGAAAAAGAGGAUGGAAAACAUUUUAUGCUGUUCUUAAGGGACGCAUCCUUUACCUGCAGAAAGGUGAGUAUCAGCCAGAUAAACCGUUAUUGGAUGAGGAUUUGAAGAAUGCGGUGUCUAUUCAUCAUUCGCUGGCCAUCAGAGCCACAGACUACAGCAAACGGCCAAACGUGUUUUACCUCCGGACCGCUGACUGGAGAGUCUACCUCUUUCAGGCUCCGAAUGCUGAACAAAUGCAGUCUUGGAUCACACGCAUCAACACGGUGGCGGCCAUGUUUUCAGCCCCGCCCCUCCCUGCUGCCAUUGGCUCACAGAAGAAAUUCAGUCGACCGCUGCUGCCAGGCUCCGCCUCCAAGCUGUCACAGGAGGAGCAGGUACAGGCUCAUGAAGCUCGAUUUCGCUCCAUCUCCACUGAGCUUGCACAACUGCGCUCUUAUCCGCCUGACAGAAAGGUGAAAGGUCGUGAACUCGAGGAGUACCGGCUGAGAGAGGAGUAUCUGGAGUUUGAGAAAACGCGCUAUGAGACGUACAGCAUGCUCCUGCGGGCGAAGCAGCGCUGCGGCGACGAUGACCUGUCAGUGUUUGAGGCCAUGCUCCUGGAGGAAGGUGCGCUACAGAGAGCUCAGUCCAGCCCCACGCUUCAGGGCAGCAGUAUGACCUGCAGCACCAGAGACGGCGCGAGCCAAAGCAUCGCCGCUGAUGCACAAGAACUGUCUGGAAACGGAAACAACGGCUGCUCCCGCGGUCAGGGCCAGAGACACAGCUACCGGCAGGCCGUCUGCAAGUGAAGCCACCACCGCCAUCCACAGGAAGCUCGCUGUACUGGAGAGGAAGUGAGGUCUCUCUCUUUCCUGUGUGCGCCCUCCUGCUCUGUGUGCCAUCAGGAAGGGGUGUAGAUUCCGACUGAAUCGGACUCUGUGAUUGGCUGAUGGCUGGGUGAUGUCACAACACAAGGUGCUAUGGGAUCUGGACGGGAGAGCGUGAUUGGGAUUCGGAGGAACGUAAAUAUGAAACGCAUAACCUUCCUUUGCCUUCUAGUUCUCGGUUUCUUCUGCGACUUCUCGCCCGAAGCCAUUUCAUCACACACUACCAAGUCAACCAAGUCAAAUCACCAAGUCGAACCUUUAAGAUAUGAUUGUGUUGGAAAGUCUUUAGUUUUUGCAUUUGUAGAAAUAACUCAUUUGUUUACAAUGCAUAUUAAAAUUCACCAAUUCUGCUCAAGAUGGUCAGGAGAAGUACGAACGCUCGACAAAGCGACGUCUAAGAUGUGUGUAUUUCGCACGGUGAAACACAAUGCUUGUUGUGUGUGGUGUUUAGGAGCGGUAGACGAGCAGAAAGCUGACUAGCCCGUAUGCAACUAGUUGUUUCUUCAUGUUGUUCUCGGCAUUAGCGAUCUGUAUUUGUACAAUAAUGCACAGGGACAUCAAAGUCACUAAAUUCACCAUCCGUUUGCUCCGCAAAACCCUGUUUUGCCCUAAAACGUCUUUUGCACUGAACACCAAGUAUUAUCACACUGCAAAACUCAUUUUCUCAGUCAAUUUUGUAUUUUUUCUGAAAAAAAAAUGUAAACAUCCUUAAAAUGAGAUGCAUUAAUUUAAGAAACAAAUUUUGUGUAUUGAAGUUUUUUCUUACUUGAUUUACAGAUUGUAUUUUCCCUAGUUUUUCAGCACAAACCUCGCCAAAUUUUGUUAGAUUUAUGCUUAAAA